AGAGAAAGAAACAAACAUAAAAUUCUUUAGAGAUAUUACAAUAUGUUCCCUAUGGUAACUGGGUUCAUGAAUUAUGGUCAACAAACAGUACGAGCUGCAAGGUACAUUGGUCAGGGUUUCAUGAUUACUUUAUCCCAUGCAAAUCGUUUGCCUGUAACUAUUCAAUAUCCUUACGAAAAAUUAAUCGCAUCGGAGCGUUUCCGCGGUCGAAUCCAUUUUGAAUUUGAUAAAUGCAUUGCUUGUGAAGUAUGUGUUCGUGUAUGUCCUAUAGAUCUCCCCGUUGUUGAUUGGAAAUUGGAAACAGAUAUUCGAAAGAAACGAUUGCUUAAUUACAGUAUUGAUUUCGGGAUCUGUAUAUUUUGUGGUAACUGCGUUGAAUAUUGUCCAACAAAUUGUUUAUCAAUGACUGAAGAAUAUGAACUUUCUACUUAUGAUCGUCACGAAUUGAAUUAUAAUCAAAUUUCUUUGGGUCGUUUACCAAUGUCAGUAGUUGAUGAUUAUACAAUUAGAACAAUUCUGAAUUCGCCUCAAAUUGAAGUCUAAAAUAAGUAAAUCCCUUGAUUAAAGAGUAAUUGGAAAUUACUAAGGUUCCGUUUUGAUCUAAAGAAAUGAGGUUUCUUUCGUUUUGUUUGUUUGAUCACUACCUACAAAUACAAACUAUUGAUUCAUGAGAAUUGCAGCUUAAUUUAGAUUGAAACUAUAUAUUUCCAAAUAUAUAGUUUCAAUCUACUAUACUCUUUCAGAUCAAGACUAAGAUUAAUACAAUAACUGUACCUACAUUAAUUCACACCCCCUAAGAUUUAAUUAGGAAUUGAUUAUCCAUUUUUUUUCCUGGUCAGAUCAAUAAGGUCAUGAAAAACAUUUAGAUUUUUUUAUCUCUUUUUUUACUACAUAUAAUGGAUUUGCCUGGACCGAUACAUGAUUUUCUUGUAGUCUUGUUGGGAUCAGGUCUUAUUUUAGGAAGUAUGGGAGUACUAUUAUUUAAUAACUCCAUUUAUUCUGCUUUUUCGUUGGGACUGGUUCUUGUUUCUAUAUCCUUAUUCUAUAUUUUAGCAAACGCCCAGUUUGUAGCUGCCGCGCAACUCCUUAUUUACGUGGGAGCUAUAAAUGUUUUAAUCAUAUUUGCUGUGAUGUUCAUGAAGGGUUCAGAAUAUUCCAAAGAUUUGAAUCUUUGGACCGUUGGGAAUGGAGUUACUUUUCUGGUUUGUACAAGUAUUUUUGUUUCACUAAUGACUACUAUUGUAGAUACGUCAUGGUAUGGGAUUAUUUGGACUACAAGAUCAAACCAGAUUCUAGAGCCAGAUUUAAUAAGUAAUAGUCAACAAAUUGGAAUUCAUUUAUCAACAUAUUUUUUUCUUCCAUUUGAACUAAUUUCGAUCAUUCUUUUAGCUGCUUUGAUCGGCGCAAUUGCCGUGGCUCGCCAGUAAUAAAUCUUUAGUUAGAAAUAGCAUAAAUUAAACUUUGUUCUAUGUUAUCGCACACAUUCCCCUUCAAUUCUAUUUGAAGAUUGUUUCUGUCUAAAAUAAAAAUUCUUUUAUUCGAUCGAUUACCAAUAUAUUCCCUUGUUCUGUACUUUUUUUUUGUCAAUUGAAUUGAAUCUAUUACAUUUUUGUUCAUAUUGAAAUGAAUCGGAAUUGAUAAGGAGUUGGUCAAUCAUGCUCGAACAUGUACUUAUUCUAAGUGCCUAUUUAUUUUCUAUCGGUAUCUAUGGAUUGAUCACGAGCCGAAAUAUGGUUAGGGCCCUUAUGUGUCUUGAGCUUAUACUGAAUGCAGUUAAUAUGAAUUUCGUAACAUUUUCUGAUUUUUUUGAUAGUCGCCAAUUAAAAGGGAAUAUUUUCUCAAUUUUUGUUAUAGCUAUUGCAGCCGCUGAAGCAGCUAUUGGCCCAGCUAUUGUUUCGUCAAUUUAUCGUAACAGAAAAUCAACUCGUAUCAAUCAAUCGAAUUUGUUGAAUAAGUAGUAUUUAUUUAUCGGAUAAAUUCUGAUAUUCAUCAAGUCAAAUUAUCUGUAUGAUACGUAAUUCAUGAUCAUGUUUGCGAAAACGUAAAAAAUCAAAGUAUCUUGGUCCUAUCGCAUGAGUUAAUCUGAAAGUAGAUUGAUUAUAAAAAUUCUGAUCAAUUAUUGACUCAUCUGGUAUCUAAAUAUAUAAUUCAUUUACAAAUUUACUCGAUCGAAAAUUUAUAGUCUUAAAAAAGAAUUCUAGAUCCAAUGUCACAUUCAGUAAAGAUUUAUGAUACAUGUAUAGGGUGUACUCAAUGUGUCCGAGCUUGCCCCACAGAUGUAUUAGAAAUGAUACCUUGGGGCGGAUGUAAAGCUAAGCAAAUAGCUUCGGCUCCAAGAACAGAAGACUGUGUUGGUUGUAAGAGAUGUGAAUCUGCCUGUCCGACGGAUUUCUUGAGUGUUCGCGUUUAUUUAUGGCAUGAAACAACUCGAAGCAUGGGUCUAGCUUAUUGAUACGUUCUCGAAAAGCCCCCUUGAAUCCAUUUGAUUUCUUUUUUACCGACAAAAACUCGUGCUCGAAAAUAAAUAUACAUAUAUAUAUUUUUUUUUAUUUCAUUUUCGAACAUGGGUUUUUUUAGUCCAAGUGUAUCUUGUUUUUACUACGAAUUAUUUUCCUUGGUUAACAACAGUUAUAGUUUUUCCAAUAUUUGCGGGUUUAUUACUUCUCUUUUUCCCUCAUAGAGGAAAUAAAGUAAUGAGAUGGUAUACGAUAUGUAUCUGUGUACUCGAGCUCCUUCUAACAACCUAUGCAUUUUGUUAUCAUUUCGAAUUAGACGAUCCAUUAAUCCAACUGACAGAGGAUUAUAAAUGGAUCCCUUUUUUGGAUUUUUACUGGAGAUUGGGAAUCGAUGGACUUUCCAUAGGACCCAUUUUACUGACGGGGUUUAUCACCACUUUAGCUACUUUAGCGGCUUGGCCAGUUACUCGAGAUUCCCGAUUAUUCCAUUUUCUAAUGUUAGCAAUGUAUAGCGGUCAAAUAGGAUCAUUUUCUGCUCGAGACCUUUUACUAUUUUUUAUCAUGUGGGAGUUAGAAUUAAUUCCCGUUUAUCUACUUCUAUCGAUGUGGGGAGGAAAGAAACGGUUGUAUUCAGCUACAAAGUUUAUUUUGUACACUGCGGGAGGUUCCAUUUUUUUGUUAAUGGGAGUUCUGGGUAUCGGUUUAUAUGGUUCUAAUGAACCAACUUUAAAUUUUGAAACAUCGGCUAAUCAAUCGUAUCCUAUAGCACUGGAAAUAAUAUUCUAUAUCGGAUUUCUUAUUGCUUUUGCUGUCAAAUCACCGAUUAUACCCUUACAUACAUGGUUACCAGAUACCCACGGAGAGGCACAUUACAGUACUUGUAUGCUUCUAGCCGGAAUCUUAUUAAAAAUGGGAGCAUAUGGAUUGGUUCGGAUCAAUAUGGAAUUAUUACCCCACGCCCAUUCUAUUUUUUCACCCUGGUUGAUCAUAGUAGGUAUAAUUCAAAUAAUCUAUGCAGCUUCAACAUCUUCGGGUCAACGCAAUUUAAAAAAAAGAAUCGCUUAUUCCUCCGUCUCUCAUAUGGGUUUCAUAAUUAUAGGAAUUUGUUCUAUAAGCGAUACGGGACUCAAUGGAGCUAUUUUACAAAUAAUCUCUCAUGGAUUUAUUGGCGCUGCGCUUUUUUUCUUGGCGGGAACAAGUUAUGAUAGAAUACGUCUUGUUUAUCUCGAUGAAAUGGGCGGAAUGGCUAUUCCAAUUCCAAAAAUAUUCACGACUUUUAGUAUCUUAUCGAUGGCUUCCCUUGCAUUGCCGGGUAUGAGCGGUU